UUACAUGCUGGCGAGAAUUGGUUCUGUAAAUACGAGAGUCCAACGAAGAUUCUGCACAACAAUCCAUAUUUCCUUCUCGCCGAUGCACUCUUCGCAUUUCUUUGUUUCCUUACGCUUAUGCAUGAAAGUCUAGCACUAUCUGUACCGGAUCUGAAUCUGUCAUGGCAUGCUCAGAGUGUGCUCAGCUUUUUUGGCAUGAGAGUGCCACUUGUAUGCUUUCUUCGGAAUCCAUCAAAUGUGUGGAUACACCGCAGAAUGUGUUGCAGAAUGCGCCUCCCUUUGUGGGCGGAAGGUCCAGCAGUUGGUCUUAGUAGCGCGAUGUUGCUUAUUCCGUAUCGUAUUCUGGGAACAAAGCUGCUGUGGUGGACAUGGCACGAUACCGAUCCAACCAUCAAGGACAGGUAUGUAUUCAAAGGUGUUUUCACAGCACUCGUGGAUGUUUUGGACACCGUGGAGCUUGUUCUACUUUUACGCGGCCUGUAUGUGCUCUUUUGUAUGGAUCAUACGCUUGUCCAGGCGAUUGCUGUUAGAAAAGGAAUACGACUGGAG